CUCAGUGUCCUGUCUUCUCCCUGGAGAGCACACCGCUCCCCACACUGCUUCCGCACCGCGACCCCUACGCCAUCCCUGAGGGAGGAUGGAAUGUCUCUGAAGGGCUUCUGCAGUUGCUCUGGCGUGCCGUACUCUGGUGGCUGAUGCUGGCGUACAGCUGGGACGGCACGGAUCUACUGUAGCUUGCUGCCAUUUAAUUCUAACAACUCAUCUGCUUGAGGAGAUACUGUUGUAAUGUAUCCAGUGGCUGUUCCUGCACCAGGAGGUGAAGGAAGUAGUGGACAACAUGGGAAACUUAUUUUUUUCCUUUUUAUUUUUGGAGCUGUGUUGCUGUGUGCUGGAUUCCUUCUUUCAGUCUUUAUUCUCCAGUCAUGUCCAUCUGGAAGCUUCAAUGACUGUAAUGAUGUCCUUAAGGCUGCUGGGCCAGUGCUGGCUGUAACUGGACUGGUUUGUGUUUUACUGGCACGAUCAAGGGCCAGGAUGUAUAUAAGACAAAGACAAUUGCAAAAUGAGCAGGUGUACAGCCUUGUUUUUUGUCGUGGGAACUGUCAGUUUGCCCAGUUUCUCAUAUUUGGAUUCCUGUUUUUAACUAGUGGAAUGUUAAUUAGCAUCCUGGGCAUUUGGGUUCCUGGUUGCAGCCCUGGCUGGCAUACAGUACAGCUCAACCACACUGGCACUUCUGACAUAGACCUCCAGGGCUGUGGAUUCCUGUCACUUCAAAUCUUGGGACCUUUGAUUGUGCUCACUGGGUUGUGUUUCUUCGUGAUAGCUCAUGUCAAAAAAAAGCAAAACUUAAAUCUCAACCAAGAAUCCUGUGAAAGUGAAGAACAUCCUCAGAGCCCUGAAUCUUUUCAGGUGACAGUAGGUGAUACUGUGAUGGUAUUCCCACCCCCACCACCUCCUUAUUUUGCUGACCCGAUGUCACCAACUGUGACUCAUUGUCUUAUGUCAAGGGUUUUGCCUACAAGUGAAAAUCCACCACCAUACCACUCUAUCUUCAGUGAUGGAGCACAGCUUGCUGAUGAUGAAAGAACAGUUGCUGCUAGAGACUAUGACUCCAUAUAUACAAUUUCUGGAAGCAGCUCGCCUUCAGAUAUUUUACCAGUGCUAUACCUUUCUUCUGAAUCACCACCAAAAUACGAAGAGAAAGCAUCAGUAACAGAUAAUGACUUUUUGCCAUCUUCUUUCUUGUCUUUUUCAUCUAUUUCCUUAGCCACAUCUGACACCAGCUUGUAAAGGACUGACAGUUCACUUA